AUGGACCCCGGGCGCAAGGCUAUGAUCGCGGGCAUGCGAUCCCCGACCCGCCGCGACAGAGACGUCACCGGGCCCCGCCGCGACCCAAACAGCCGCAUCACCAAGCCCUCUUCCGCCCGCGCGACACCCCCCGCGGCCGUCGCCGCCGCCGCCGCCGCCUCGGCCAACAGGCCCUCGAGCAACCCCAAGUACCUGACGGCCGACGAGCAGUCGCAAAAGUUCGUCGCCGACGAGGACAAGUUCGUGCUCAAGCAGGCCAAGAAGAAGGCCGACAUCCGCGUGCGGGAAGGGCGGGCCAAGCCCAUCGACUACCUCGCCUUUGCGCUGCGCUUCGUCGACACCGACCGCGACGUGUUUGACGACGACGAAGACGAUGUCGAGAUCGAGGUGCCGCCGCCGGAGAAGGUGCUCGAGGGCCUCGGGGAGGAGCAGCUGAAGGAGCUCGAUGGGGAUAUCUCGUCGUACAAGACGCUCGAGGCCAACGAGCGCAACCGCGAGUACUGGAAGGCGCUGCUGGCGCUGUGCGAUGACAGGAGGGCGAACCUGAAGGGACAAGGUCCGGAGGGCAGGGCGGUCAGCUCGGUGGCGGCGGACAUCGACAAGAUCCUCGAGCCCAAGACGUUUGAGCAGCUCGAGGCGCUGGAGAAGCAGAUCCGGGCCAAGCUGCGGUCCAACGAGCCGAUUGAUACAGACUACUGGGAGUCGCUGCUGCAGAGACUGCUGGUGUGGAAGGCCAAGGCCAAGCUGAAGAAGGUGUGCAAGGAGAUCAAGGCGGCGCGUAUAGAGCUGCUCAAGGAGUCGAACCCGGCCAAGGCAAAGCUUCUGGAAGAACAGGAUGCCGCCUUUGUUGCCACUCGAGGGUCUGUGGCCGUAUCUGGCACCUCCUCGAAGAACAGGGCGACAACGUUUUCCGCUGCUGCCGCCAGCAACGCUGCUGCUGCUGCUGCGCCCCCUCCGGGCACGGAACGCUUUGCGCAGACGGGUCAGGAGGACUUCUCGCAGGCCACCAAGGCCCUCUACGAGCGCGAGGUCGCCCGCGGCAUAGGCGAGGACGAGGAGAUCUUCAUGGCGGAGGAGGCGGUGGCUGGCGGCGGUGCCAGGCCUCAGUGGGCAGACAAGUACCGGCCGCGCAAGCCGCGCUACUUCAACCGGGUGCAGAUGGGCUACGAGUGGAACAAGUACAACCAGACGCACUACGACCACGACAACCCGCCGCCCAAGGUCGUGCAGGGCUACAAGUUCAACAUCUUCUACCCUGACCUCAUCGACAAGACCAAGGCGCCGACGUACAAGAUUGUGCGCGAGGGGGGCAGGCGUCGGGGUGAGUCGUUUGCCCCCGCGGGCGAGGAGGAUACGUGCCUGAUCCGGUUCGUGGCGGGCCCGCCGUAUGAGGACAUUGCCUUUAGGAUCGUCGACCGGGAGUGGGAUUAUAGUGCCAAGAAGGAGAGGGGGUUCAAGAGCAGCUUCGACAAGGUGAGUUCCAGACACACACAAACUUUUUCCAGUGCGGGAUUUCUUUUCUUUCCUCGCAGAGAUUUGCUCCUGCACCUUCAACCGGUCAGCAAGCCACGAUGCCGGGUUCGCUGGCCAUGCCUCCGACGAGCAGGGGCCGUAGCCGACGCCAUCCGUGUUGAUCAGCCGCCCAGUUCUUGA